AUGGUGCACUUUUGGAAGAUCUCAAGAUUGUCGCAUUUUUGCACAAUAGUCAGGAAAACAUGGCCGAAUAGGGAACAUUUUACAGUGAGGAAUAAACCAGGAUUUCCACAUAUUCGCGGAAGGCGUGAGCAGCGUUCCCAUGCGUCUGCUACACGGCUCUUCAGUGACAUUCAGGGUUCUCGGAAAAUGAUGUUCUUUGAAAUGAAGCCUCCUCGAUUUCUAACAUCUGUAAAUAAUCUCAUUGUGAUUCGUUUAUAUCGCUGCGGGGACAACCGAAUCAAUCGUGGCAGAAAUAAUCAGCCGCAACCUAGGAGAACCUACUCGAUGAAGAGCUGA